CAUAUAUCCUCCCUCACGCGGAAUCACAAUGACGCAAUGAAUGAAUAAAAUGACUGCAAGUUGGUAUUGAUACAAAUUUAACAACGCGUAUUUUUGACACUUUAUGUUUAGUUAUCAUUAUCCCAGUCGACUGCACGUGAAUGUUUAAGACCGUGAUUGAAAAUCUUAGACUUGGUGUUUAACUUGCGGUGCAAGAGGCGGAGUUCUCCCGGGUCGUAUAAUCAAGAUGGCCGACUUCACGAGAAGCAUGUGGCCUAUCCUGGUGCUCUGGCUUGCUGUGUGUCUCAGUGGGACAAUGGCUGUGGAGAGAGCCAAUUUCAAAACCUGUGACCAGAGUGCCUUCUGCAAACGUCAGCGAGCAUUGAACCCUGGGGAGUCUCCUUAUCGAGCCCUGCUAGAGACUAUGGAGCUCACCAACACAAGACUCACCCUGCAGCUCAAGAAUGACAACAACAAGGUGCGUCUACUGCUGGAGCUCUAUCGUCUCCAAGGAAACAUAACGAGGGUGAAGAUUAAUGAGCUGAAGCCGCUGAAGCCUCGCUAUGAGGUCCCAGACGUGCUCAUCAGAGAGCCGCCUACAGAGCCCCUGUCUCUCUUGUCUCAGGAUGAGAACGGAGUGGUUCUGUCCCUGGGGGCGGAGUCUCAAAGGGUCAUUGUCAGUGUACGGCCCUUCCGAUUGGACAUUAUGGAGGGACGAGAUGUGUUGCUGUCGUUAAACUCGCGUGGCCUUCUGGCCUUUGAACACUUAAGGAUGCGCAAGGACACUUUCUCCUAUUUAAUAACUAGCACAUUGGCUAGUGUGUGGAAUAUUGUCCAGAGUGUAUUCUCUAGACAGGCAGACCGAGAGGCUGAUGACGCAGAUCCGGAGGAUGAGGCUAUGUCAAAUGAGAGUGAAGAAGAGGGCAUGUGGGAUGAAACAUUUAAAUCAUUUACAGAUAGCAAACCAAAUGGUCCAACUGCUGUCGGUCUAGACUUUUCAUUGCCAGGGGUGGAGCAUGUCUACGGCAUUCCGGAGCAUGCAGACUCCCUCCGACUCAAAACUACUGAUAGCGGAGAUCCAUAUCGGCUCUAUAAUUUGGAUGUGUUCCAAUAUGAGCUGCAUAAUCCGAUGGCACUUUAUGGUUCUGUACCUGUAAUGGUGGCCCACAAUGCCCAGCGGACCACAGGAAUGUUUUGGCUCAAUGCGGCUGAGACCUGGGUAGACAUUAGCUCCAACACUGCAGGAAAGACUGUGUUUGGAAAAAUGCUAGAUUACGUGCAGGGCUCCAGUGAGACGCCACAGACAGAUGUGCAUUGGUUCUCUGAAAGCGGCAUCAUUGAUGUCUUCGUUAUGCUCGGCCCAACACCAAAAGAUGUCUUCUCACAAUAUGCCUCUUUGACAGGCACCCAGGCUUUCCCUCCUUUGGCCGCACUGGCCUACCACCAGUGCCGCUGGAACUACAAUGACCAGGAUGACGUCCAAUCAGUGGAUGCAGGAUUCGACGAGCAUGACAUUCCCUAUGAUUUCAUCUGGCUCGAUAUUGAGCACACGGACGGGAAACGCUACUUUACCUGGGAUACCAACAAGUUCCCCACACCCAAGGAAAUGCUUCAGGGUCUUAUGGAUAAGAAACGCAAGAUGGUAACCAUUGUAGACCCUCAUAUAAAAGUGGACAGCAGCUACAAGAUCCAUAAUGAAAUCAAGUCACGAGGUUUCUAUACAAAGACGAAAGAUGGCAGCGAUUACGAAGGCUGGUGUUGGCCUGGCAGUGCAGGUUAUCCAGACUUCAGCCGUGAAGACAUGAGGGCUUGGUGGGCCAGUAUGUUUGCAUUCGACCAGUAUGAGGGCACGAUGGAGAACUUGUAUACAUGGAAUGACAUGAAUGAGCCUUCAGUUUUCAAUGGGCCUGAGAUCACCAUGCACAAGGAUGCAAAGCAUGGAGACUGGGAGCACCGUGACAUACACAACCUUUAUGCCUUCUACGUGCAAAUGGCCACAGCGAAGGGCCUGAUCCAGAGAUCAGGAGGGGUCGAAAGACCGUUUGUCUUGACGAGGGGCUUCUUUGCUGGUUCACAGCGCUAUGGUGCUGUGUGGACUGGUGAUAAUGCUGCUGAGUGGGGGCACCUGAAAAUCUCGAUCCCCAUGUGUUUGAGUAUGGGUCUGGUGGGAAUAGCUUUUUGCGGGGCUGAUGUUGGGGGCUUCUUCAAGUCUCCCAGCUCAGAGCUGCUGGUGCGUUGGUACCAGACAGGAGCCUACCAGCCCUUCUUCAGGGCCCACGCCCACCUGGACACUACCCGUCGCGAGCCAUGGCUAUUUGGCCCAGAAAACACUGCUCUGAUCCGAGAAGCUGUGCGGCAACGCUACAGCCUCCUGCCCUAUUGGUACCAGCAGUUUUACCACACGUAUCACACUGGACACCCCAUCAUGAGGCCUCUGUGGGUGGAGUAUCCUCAGGAUCCUGCUACUUUCGCUAUGGAAAAUGAAUUCUUGAUCGGGAGAGACUUGUUGGUGCACCCCGUCACUGAAGAAGGAGCCACUGGAGUAACUGCAUACCUUCCAGGAAAAGAGGAGGUCUGGUUUGAUGUCAACACCUUCGAGAAGCACAAUGGCGGCCAGAACCUUUAUAUUCCUGUCACCAUGAGAUCUAUCCCAGUUUUCCAGCGUGGCGGCUCCAUUAUUCCCAGAAAGCUUAGAGUACGUCGAUCUUCCACCUGUAUGGAGCACGACCCUUACACUGUGUUUGUGGCCCUCGGGCGUCAGAGAGCUGCAGAGGGAGAACUCUACAUCGAUGAUGGACACACGUUUAACUUCGAGAAGGAGGAGUUCAUUCACAGAAGGCUGUCGUUUGCCAACAACAACCUUUCCUCUGUAAACCUUGCUCCAGAGGCCCAUUUCCCUACACACACCACCAUUGAACGCAUCGUCAUACUGGGAGCUAGUCAGCCCACCAAGGCUACCCUGAUGACAGCCGAUGGUCAGACGAGCAAGAUUGAUUUUGACUUUGACGCCUCUACGUCAGUCUUGACGCUCCGCAAGCCUGGCAUGAAUGCAGGCACUGACUGGACUGUGAUGCUACAGUAAAUGCAGAAAGCAGAAGAGAAGCAGGAAGAAAAAGUGACUGAAGAGCAGACAAAGGAGCAACAGUAUUCCACACUGAGUAAACUUGGACAUAAAGGCCACACAUCCAAACACACACAUUUCACUUCAAUAUGUCUGCAUGUGCACAACACUCUUACCGGAACUAAGUCACUACACUUUGCCCCUUGUGUGUGUUAUAAAUUCUAAAAAAUUAUUUUAAUAAUAAUUAACAAGUAAACCCGUACUCUACUGAGUCUCUUGAAUACCUAUAUAUUGUGCGGGCAAAUGGUCCAUCUGCAGGUGGUUCUUUCUUAAAUUUUAGAUAAUUUUUUCUCCUGGCAUAUAAUUUAGAUUUUUAGGUUUUGCAAUAUGAAGAAAAUAAUUUGUCCUGCUCCUCACCAUUUCAAGUUACAAUUGGCAUUGUUCAGCCUCUUCACAAAUAAAUGACGAACUUGUGUGUAAGGAAAUAAUUCUACGCUCUAUGAAUCAUGUCUAUCAGCUGCUGCACAAAAUGUUAUUUUGAACAAACCGCUUCUCGACCACAGGAAUCCUUUUGGCUACUGAACCUCUGACCUGUGUGGAUCAUCCUGUUGAGUUUGCUUUCUUUUGUUUGUUUGUAUGUCCGUUUGUUUACUGUUAUUUUUAAUGCACUUGUGACAACCUCAGAGUUGUUUAGAUUUCCAUCUUGAAUCCAACAUUUCCAGAUUUUAUGGUUCCCAAUUAUCUUCACUGUAUUUUCCAAAUUAGACCCGAGAAAGGCAGUCCCAACGUCAGCUGCAAUCUACAAACCUAUAUGAUUUCCGGGAGAUUGAUUUUGUCCUGUUCUUUCCUGUCAGAAUUGUCAAUCUGUUUUUGUAUCAAUUGUUUUUAUGAUGAUAAAUGUUGCUGCAAUUUUUGGGUUUCAACUUGAUACAGUGGAAAUGGAAGUGAAGGAACAGAUUAGCUGCUGUUUAAGUUGUCAGAUAUACUUUAACAAAUGUGACCAAGUGAAAAUAAAGAUGACCAAAUGUGA